AUCAAUUUUCUAUUAUCAUCUGUCAACGCCGUUGGCCUUAAUAUAACAUUCUACAUUUCCAUUAUGACAUCUACUGAAGAAAAAGUAGCUAACAUAUUUGGCCUCUACGAAAAAUAUGGCACAGAGAAUUAUAUUGGUGAAAAAACGAUAUUAGCGGCCUUUUUACACGACAUUGGUCAUUUGAUUGGUCAGGACGAUUCGAAUUUCAAACCGAUGAUUACUGGCGAAAUUCGACUGGGAGCAAAACGUCACGAAGAAAUCGGAGCGGAUUUCCUGGAGAACUUAGGCCUAACUAACAGCUUUACAUCAAUAAUUAGACAUCAUGUGAACGCAAAACGUUAUCUCUGCUAUAAAAAUAUGACAUAUUUCAAAAAAUUAUCAGACGCAAGCAAAAUGACAUUAGAGCAUCAAGGCGGCAAGAUGACUGGUCCAGAAGCGGAAGAAUUCGAAAAGCAUCCAAAAUUUAACUCUAUUCUAAAAAUGAGAGGAUGGGAUGAGGAGGCUAAGGUGGUUGGAAUGAAAAUUGAUCCUCUACAUAAAUACCAACGAUUAAUGAUAAAUUAUCUAAGUUCCUUGUAG